GAGAGGGAGAGGUGAAGAAGGAGAAGAAAAGAGCAGUAACAUCAAAAGGAAAUCCUUUCCUUUAACACUGUAUAUACAGUAUAUACUUUGUAUUAUAUCAUAUUUUUCAGCAAAUGAAAGCUGAUGGCUUGAGAGGAGAAUUUCUAUCGUAUGGAGGUGACUUUGUCCCUGUGGACAGCUAUUCUUCUGCACUUUCCUCUGGUGUCAGGGAGUUCGAUCCGCAUCGGACUGGGAGGCAACAACUCGGGAUCAUACGAGCAGAGUGUGCUGCCCUGCAGAAAGGAGGAGCUUCAGUGUGGUAAUGGGCUGUGUCUGCUCAACUGGCUGCGAUGCCAUUAUAAGAAGGAUUGUGGCAAUGAGUACACCUCCAUCAAACUCAUCUGCUCAAAAAUAGCUGGUAACCAGAGCGGGGUGUCCCCGGAGCGGGGUGGCGGGGAGGCAGGGGCAGGGGGCAGUGUUCUGGUGUCCCCGCUAGUGGUGGCCGGCAUUGUGAUCGGGGCGGUGCUGCUACUCUCCUGUGUCACCAUCAUCGUGGGGAGCCUGCGGGGCGCACACAUCAGCUCCGAUACAGCCUACGCCCCGGACACGCUCUCGUGCAGAGGAUCAGAGGGGGAGCUGAGGUCCUCGUGCGACCCGCACUCCCCGCCAGCCUUUGAUUUUGACUCUUCCCUCGAGACCCUGUCACAGGCCAAUGUGUACCCAGACUCUCCACCACACUAUGAAGACUGCCUAUUGCCGAGCCAGCCUCGCCUCUACGUCCCUGGUGAAGACCCUCCACCGUAUUCCCUGACGGACCCCAGGCAGGAGGAUGGGGUCGGAGGUCCCCCGCUCCUCCCGCCCCCACUGUACGAGCACUGCGAUCAGAGUGAGCCCCUGCCCCUGCUCCCUCAUAACGGCUGAGACAUCACCCUUCCCAGCACAGAAUUCCGGGAACCCAGAAAAGGGCUGAGCCUGGGAAAGUAGGGUGGGGCUGAGAAAGUAGGGCGGGGCUGGGAAAGUAGGGUGACCAUAUUUUGUAGACCAGACCGGGGACACCUAUAUAAAAAAAUGACCUCAUCACAAUCGCUGAUGCUGGCAGCUAGACGGGAAGUGUGUUGGAUUAAUGGCUGUGUUUCUCUGAUGAUUGUACAUUUUUUUAGAAUGUUAUUGUUUUUGCUCAGUUUGUUGCUGAACUCAACAGAUCCCGAUAACUCGUACGUGCAGUGCCGUAGUGUAGUGGUUAGAGCGCUCGCCUCGUAAGCGAG